AGCCAGCAGACGGAUUGUGGAAUAGCGGUUUUAAACAAGGAGAUGGUGCAGCUCUCCAACUACCUGAAGGAGGCCCUGCACCGCGAGCUGCUGCUCAAGCAGAAGAUGGUGAUUCUGCAGGAGCUUUUCUCCACGCUGCUGCAAGCAUCCGAAAAAUCGUGGCAGGGCCAGCUGAAUGAGGAUAAACUGAAGUGCAAAUUAAGGGCGCUUGAAAAUCAGCUGCAGGCCUGCACCCAGAGUUACUCAAAGGAGUGUGUGAAGAAGAUCCUGAUAGAGAUGGAGGACCAGAAGCAGACCUACGAGCAGAAGGCAAAGGAGACUCUUCAGAAGAUGCUGGAGCAGAAACUCCAGACAGAGCAGCAGCUGCAAAACUCUCAGAGGAGCCUGGCAGCAACGCGCGAGGACCUCGCCUUCUGGAAAGAGCACUACACCACGCUGAGAGAGGAGCUGACCAGGGCCACCGCAGCACACACCGAGCUGGAGAACAGCUUCCACCUCUUGCAGAGCAGACUGCAGCAAGCAGACGCGCAGAAGGAGCAGCUGCGCCAGGCCCUGCACAGGCUGCAGAGCGAGCACACCACACUGCACCGCUGCGCCAGCGCCCUGCGCCAGGACAACAACGUCAAGGCAGAGCACAUCAGCGCCAUCGAAGAUAAAUUGCAAAAAGAACGAACUCAGAAGGUCACGCUGGAGGCAACCAUCAGCCAGUUGCACUCCCUGAUCCAGAACCAGAGCAAGGCCGGGCAGAGCCGGGAGGGGACGGCGCAAAGGAAAGACCAGGUUUACACCACGCAGACCCCACCUCUCGCCCCUGCCAAGGAAAACCAAAUCACUCUGUUAAAGCGCCCCGAGGAGGAGGAGGGAGGAAGAAGCCUGGAGGAUGAGGUGCAGCAAAGGACAUCCCAGCUGACGGCGAAGGAGAAGGAGGUACACAUGGACACGCAGGUAGCAGAGCUGAAGAUCCUCCGUGCGUGCAAUGCCCGUGUGUGGGCGAAGCGCUGCAGCCGCUGUGGGGGCCCAGCCGGUCUGGGUGCGUACAGAGGCGAGGGCACCCCUCCUGCUAACGGCCCCUUGCUGUGCUUGCAGUGCACGGAGCUGCGCUCAGAGCUGGAGGCCCUGAGCGAGGAGUACCGCUCCUGCCUGAGCCGGCUGCGCCAGUGCCGGGACGAGCUCAACCACUUCCAGAGCAGGCAGGCAAAGAGACAGCGUGGUCACUGGAUCUCUCUCCUGGUGGCAGGGAUAGCAAUGGCCAUAGCCACCUUCCUCGCAAGUUACAGACCAUGA